AUGAUGGAGAUGAACACCCACGUACGAUUAGACCAAGCCCGAGAGAUGCGCUCCGCACCUGCUGCUGCCAUUGACGCAAUUCUUGCUUUGAACAAUCGCGGGAUUGGUAGCUUUGAACAAGGAGAUUUCGAUAAUUCGAAGUGCUGCUUCUUGGAAGCACUACGUGGCGUCGGAAUGGGCCAGGUUGUGGGAAUCAUUGACUCGGCCCUUUUUGAUGAAAUUUCAAGAGAAUGCAAGUCGAUAGCAAUCUAUCCAGAAAAGGCCCAUGGCAACGAUGUCAAUUCCAGAGCAAAACCAUUGGAAUAUGACGAAGGAAUGCACAAGUACAACAAACCGAUUCGAAUAGACGAGAGGUAUCAUCAGCAUACACUUCUACCCACUCUCGCAUACAAUAUGGCACAGGCCGUUAUCAGCCGAGGAGGAUAUAAUGCCGCCAAGUGCUGGCUAAGGUUAGCGGCGAGAUACCACGAAGCGACAGCCUCAUCUGAUUCCAUGUUGGAAGUCAGAAUCUUGCAAACCCUCGGAUACUGCUUCUACAAGACUGCUAGCAGCGAUAUGAGUCUAGCAUGCUACCAACAAGCGCUUGAUGUCAUUCGAAAAUACAAAUUGGGUGAUGAAUACCUUGCCGUCGCAUUCAACUGCAUCGGUGUAAUUCAUUUCGACAUGGAAAUUGGAGACACCGACAAGGCAAAGCAGUCACUAGAACAGUCUCUACAAAUUCACCGAUCGACCUCAAGUACGAAUCAAUUGGACAUGGCAACGGUUCUCAACAAUCUUGGCCGAGUAUACUACCUUCGCUCUGAAUUUGAAGAUGCACGAAAGGCAUAUGCUGAGUGCCUCCGAAUUCGCAAACGAUUUCUCUCGAAUGAUUCUUUGGACUUGGGAGCAAUCUAUUACAACCUUGCUCAAGUUUUGUUUCAACUUCGCAACAUGGAUGACGCAAUGGUAAACUUCCAAGACUUUGUUUCGAUUGCCUCCAUUCAUUUCGGAGAAAAUUCGAAGGAUGUCGGUCAAGGUUUCAAGGGGAUCGCUGAAGUUUAUCAAGAGCAAGAAAAUUUGGAAGCAUCACUGUGCUUCUUUACCAAAGCACUUACGGCUCAUACAACUUCGUGUGGCAUUUACAGCCAAGAAGUAGCGACCCUAUUGAACAAGCUUGGAAAUCUCAACUACAAAAUGCAAGAUUUCGAUACUGCCAUGAGGAACUACAGAGAUGGAUUGGAAAUUGAGAGACGAGUUCUCUCCCCAAACCAUCUACACCUCAUCAUUACCCAAACCAACAUUGCUCAUAUUCACCGACAACUCGGACAGCACCAGGAUGCGAGAAACGAAUACAAGAGGGUGCUGAUGAUGCAAAUCGAAGCUUUCGGAGAGGAUGGAAUUCAGCUUGCUGAAACUCAUGCAUGCAUUGGAUUGAUGUGCAGCCGGAUGGAGGACAAUGAAAACACUGUCAAAUCAUACCAAGCGGCAUUGCGAGUCUACCGUCACCAUUAUGGAACCAAUGAACAUCCAAACAUUGCUUCGACUUUGAAUUCGAUUGGAUUGGCUUUGUUCAAGCAAGGUGUGUUUGAACUUGCAAAAGCCUGCUUCUCUGAGGGUCUCAGAAUCCGAUCAAAGCUCCUUGGUUCCAAUCAUCCAGAUGUUGCCAUUCUUUGGUACAACGGAGCCACAGUAUGUGCCGAGUUGGGUGACGAAGAUGAAGCCAUCGCAAUGUACAAGGAGGCCCUACGGGUAGAGAAAUGCUCACUUGGCAACGAUCAUCCAGAUGUUGUUCUCACACUGCAACACCUGGGACAGCUUUUCCAGCAACUUGGACGAAUCGAACAGAGUAUUGGAUACUACGAAGAAGCCAUUAGCAUUACCAGAGACCCACUGGUUCAGAAAUCGGGAGAGUUGGGCAAAUUGUUAAAUCUUCUCGGCAACGCCUACCUACAACUUGGCCAAGUGAAGCAAAUGAUGGAAUGUUAUACGGAAGCAUCACGAAUUUCUCAAGACUCUGAGCAACUUAAUGCUGAAGAAAACCUGGUUAUCGCUGGGUUUGGAUUGUACAGUUUCAGCAAGGUGUUCAUCCCGAGUGCGCCUGUUGCUUAG